AUGACGAAGAAAGCGACUGUCUACUUGGUUAAGUACAACAUCCUUUAUGCCCCUGUUAUCGUCAGUGGGAGACACGUGGAUGCCUUCGUUGAUACUGGAGCAUCCAUCAGCCUUGUCAACAAGAAUAUCGUGGACCCAGAAAAGAUACGAAGUCGGCUGCCCAUCGACGUUUACAGCUAUGAUGACAAUGUUAAGCUAAUGCAAAACUGGACGACGUUGGAAGUCGAGUUUAAGGGAAAGAAAAUCCCGGUCAAGGCACUCGCCGCAGAAGACGUCGAGCUCGUGUUCGUUUUAUCACGACUCGACAUGAAGCACUUCCAAAUGAACAUAGCCUGGAAGGACGAAGUAACCCUAGACAAGGAUGCGGAUAGCUCACCUGCUGCUCCAGGUCAAAUGGUCAGAACUGUGAAGAGGUCUAAGUAUAAGUCUAGCGGUUUAAUAUAUACAUAUACAUACUUUCUUCUUUUAGGCAGCGGCACCCUAUUUGACCUCGAAGAUGUUAUUUACCAAAUCCUCCUGCGAAGUUGCUCUUACAAUGAAAGGCUGGCAACUUUUGAUGUCACUGGAGAUAACAAAACCCGAGGUCCCAUUGAAAACCUCGUCAAAUUGUCUCAGUACACACCAGUCAAGAUCAAAGUCGGCCCAGUGGUCUACCUCGCCGCCAAAGUACAGUCUCUAAAGCUGUCUGCUGUAUACGUGCAGAUAUUUCACAACAACCAGUCUGGCGAGGAGGGUAAGGCGUACAUAUCGGAGCAAGUAGAACACGAAGACGAGUAUACGUGGUCCGUCACCAAGGGGGCUGAUCUCACCGUUAAAGCCAAGUUCAGUAUAAACGUGCCACUAAUUUAUCAGUUCUCGACAGAAUUUUCGACAACACUCAAGACAAGCUCUGGAUCCACCAGGGUGGAAACACGUACUACGCGACAACUGAUUAAACAAGAUAUAAAAAUACCCCCCGGAGCCACUAUCGAAGCCAAGUGGUACGUCAACGAAGCACAAGUGGUGGUGCCAUGGGUAGCCGACAUCUUGAUGGAGGGAUACGUUGCAGCAUUAUUUGAAACGCCCGACAAGAAACUAACAUGGGGGUACUUAAACGUGCAAGAGUUCGAACACGACCACCUAACAAAAUACGAGGAAGGCGUCACGUUUCAGGCAUUGGGGCUGUUCCAAGCGAACGUAGCACAGAGCUACCACCUCUCUACCACCCAGAGAAAAAUAGCGCAGCGCACCACAAGCAUGGCCAAAUAUACUUUUGAGCAAGAAACCUCAUGA